AUGUCAAGAGGACCAGACCGUCUGAUAAAGAGUGCGAAGCAAUUCGCAGACUUUCAAUACAAAGUCUUCACUGCUCGAUAUGGCCAACAAUUGAUUGACCUUUUCGAGUUCCCAAUAAAACUUGUCCUUUCUCCUUUCACUCUUGCCUUUGACAUUGUGGGCUCUGCUCCUCGUGGCUUUGGUGUCCCUGAACUCAUCUCCAAGCUCUCCUAUGCUUCUAUCUUUGCUGUUGCUACUUUGGGGACCUAUGAUAUUGCAUUGGAGAUGGGAAAGAAGGUCAUAUGCCAAAGAUUGGCGUGUUGUUCAUUUGACUGGCUUUUGGAUGCAGGAAUUGUCAGACUUGCAAUGGGUGGCAGGCAUUGCGGUGUAACAUGUGCAAAGGAGCAGGGAAGGUUUACAAUCAAUAGAUUGCAGGUUUGGGAGUGGAAAGCAGUUACUUUGACUCAAUAUGCUGUAGCUUUAAGUGGAGAGAAGGCUACAGCUGAGUGUAUUGCAGAUGCCAUUGCUGACAAUCGGGCUGAGCUGGUGCACCUUCCCUCCUCUGUGGAUCUUAACGUGCCUUUGCCAUCUAAAGACUGUCCAACUUGUGAUGGAACGGGUGUGAUGAGCUGCCCUGAAUGCAAAAACAAAUUACAAGUCAGGAUCUCUGCAGACGAUCAUAUAGUUGAUAGCAUGAGAGAUCCCAGCAUUGCUGCGUUUUGGUUGUUUUCCUUUCCUGAGAUUAUGGGUGGCUUCAACUAUGAUGGUGAUGUCAAGCAGAAAAUUUGGUGGCAAUACAAGGAAUCAAUGAGGUAUGAUCAAUUACGAGAUAUGGUAUCCAAGCGAAAACCUGGUUGGGAGCACUUGCAGGAAGCCCUGAUCUCCAUAGAUCCUGUUCGUGCCAGAGAUGAUCCUGUUGUUGUGAAAAAUGUCCCGUAUUACAAAGCCAAGAAGGCACUGGAGGCAGAGGUGAUGAAUCUUGAUCCGCCACCACGGCCACAAAAUUGGGGUGAGCUGGACCUUCCACUGAAUGCGUCAUCAUGGAGUGAUGAGGAUCUUAAAAAACCAGAAAAAUUCUAUGAGAUGACUGUUCUUCUCAAUGCACAAAGAGAAAUUGCUGAUAAAAUUUUGGAUGAACAAUGGGAAAAUAAAUGGCGUCAAGAAAAGGUCGGUAAAACUGCCUCUACUUCUAUGGUUUAA